CACAAGCAAACAAAGAUGUGCCAGUCUUAAGAGGAUUAUUGCAAAGGCACACAAAGCAAUUACUGUCUGUCACCUCCUAUCAUCAUCAUCAUCAACAUAUUUGUGAAAACACCUGACUGCACACAGACACCUUCACAUAACUGAAUAGGUUACACUCGGGAAAAGCACUACGACUGAGGGUGGCAGUAGCAGAACGGCUGAAAAGACUGUUAGGAUGGAGGAGUAUGAUAUAAUUGUGCUUGGAACUGGAAUUAAGGAAUGUAUCCUUUCUGGUUUAUUGUCUCAAAGUGGGAAAAGGGUUCUUCACAUUGACAGGAAUCCUUACUAUGGAGGAGAGAGUGCAUCACUUUCUCCCCUUGAAGAGCUUCACAGGAAGUUUAAGGUUCCUGGUCCUGAUCAGUCAAUGGGCCGUGGAAAAGAGUGGAACAUCGACCUCAUCCCUAAAUUCUUUCUUGCCAACGGUGACCUGGUGAAACUCUUGGUGCACACUGAAGUUACCCGAUAUUUGGACUUCAAAGUGGUUGAAGGCAGUUAUGUUUACAAAGCAGGCAAAGUGCACAAAGUCCCCGGCACAGAAGAAGAAGCCAUGCGUGCUUCAGAUCUGAUGGGCAUGUUCGACAAGAGAAGAUUCAGGAAGCUGCUGUUGUUUGCCCUGAACUUUGACAUGAGAAAUCCUCGGUCCUACCAGGAUGUGGAUCCUAACAAGAUGACCACACGGGACCUCUUCUGCCGCUUCGACCUGGGACUAGAUGUCAUGGAGUUCACAGGUCAUGCCAUAGCCUUACACAACAGUGAGAGCUACCUGGACCAGCCGUGUGGGGAAACCCUCAGACGGAUCCGGCGGUACUCUGAGUCUCUGUCCCACCACAACCCCAGUCCAUACAUCUACCCCGUGUACGGCCUGGGAGAACUACCGCAGGGAUUUUCCAGACUGAGUGCAGAGUACGGAGGAGCUUUCCUCUUGAGCACAGCAGUGGAUGAGAUCGUGAUGGAUGACGGAAAAGUGAAAGCUGUGAAAUGUGAGGGGAAGCUGUUCCACUGUAAACAGCUCAUCUGCGACCCCAGCUAUGUUCCUCAUCGAGUGAGGAAAGUGGGGCGUGUGAUAAGAGUCAUCUCUUUAUUAAAUCAUCCGGUUAAAAACACCCACGAGGUCAACUCCUGUCAAAUCAUCAUGCCUCAAACGCAACUCAACAGAAAAUCUGAUAUUUACAUAUCUGUGGUGUCUUAUGCCCAUAAUGUGGCCUCAGCCGGGAUGUACAUCGCCACAGUGAGCACCACUGCAGAAACCAGAAACCCAGAGACAGAGGUUCAGCCGGCGCUGGAGCUCCUCGAGCCCAUCAUGCAAAAAUUUGUUUCAGUCAGCAACUUGCUGGUUCCCAAUGAUGAUGGAAAACAGAGUCAGAUAUUUGUGUCCCGCUCAUAUGAUGCAUUAAACCACUUUGAGACUGAAUACGAGGACAUUAGAGACAUGUACCGCCGGAUCACAGGAACAGAGCUCUGCCUCGGAGGAUCUCAGAGACAUAACUCUCACACCUCGGAUGAAGACUGAAAAAGACUUCAGGGACAAGUAAUGCAACCGCUGGGAGGCCGUAAUAACAAUAUUGAAGGUUAUACUCACGGCCGUGAAGCAGAGGGGGGGCGAUGGAGAGUGAUUAACUAAGGGAA